CCAUUCCAUAGUCUUUGGGUAUAUAUUGAAAUAAUAGCGACAGGGAGACAGCAGUGUAUCACCAGCCGACGAGAUGAAGGUUCUGGUGUGUUUGGCGUUAGGGCUCGCCCUGGCCUCCGCUCGGCCAGAGACCGAUGACUUAAAACUGAAUUUUUCUGACUUAAAACAGCGUCAGUUCUUUAUUCUCAAACUACUGAACCAUGUUUUGGAACCUGUAACUUACAAGGAAAUUGAAGACAUUGGCAGGAACUUUAAAAUUGAAGAUAACAUCGAUUUGUAUACUAAGCAAGAUGUAGUCAAGACAUUCUUCAACCAAAUUAAGUUUGGUUUCCUACCUCGAGGUGAAGUUUUCACGCUCCAUGUAGACCGCCAAAUGAAGGAGGUGCUCACAUUCUUCCAUAUGCUGUAUUUCGCCAAAGACUUCGACGCAUUUGUCAAGACUGCAUGCUGGAUGCGGCUUAAUGUUAACGAAGGAAUGUUCGUUUACGCCUUAACCGUAGCUGUUCGUCACCGUGAUGAUUGCAAGGGUAUUGUUCUGCCACCACCCUACGAAAUUUACCCUUACUAUUUCGUACGAUCAGAUGUUAUCCAACGAGCAUAUAUGUUAAAGAUGAGGAAUGGCCUUCUUGACGAAAAAGUUGGACACUUCUACGGCAUCAGAAAAACCGACAAGGACGUCUAUAUCAUCGACGAGAACGUCUUCGAUACCAGAGUUUACUUAAACGACGAGGACAGACUCAGAUACUUCACUGAGGACAUCGAUUUAAAUACAUACUACUAUUACUUCCACGUAGAUUUUCCAUUCUGGAUGAGAGAUGAUAUUAUCAACAAGAACACAAACAGAAGAUGGGAAUAUACUUUAUACGUCUAUCAGCAGAUUCUUGCCCGUUACUAUUUAGAACGUUUGUCAAACGGUUUGGGUGAAAUUACCACGUUCUCAUGGAACAAGCCUAUCAGGAAAGGAUACUGGCCUUGGUUAACCCUACACAAUGGUGUACAGUUACCCGUGAGGUUAAACAACUACGUGGUUGCUCGCGACAAUGACGUGAACUUGGUCAAUUUGGCGGAGAACUAUGAAAAGAUCAUAAAUGAGGCCAUCGUCAAGGGUUUCGUUGAGAUCAACGGCAAGCGUUUCGAUCUCGUCAAGCCUGAAGAUAUUGAACACCUUGGUAAACUUAUUUACGGAACCGUCGAUAGGCUCGAUAUCAGCAAGCAAAAUGUAGAAGCAUACCGUUACAUGCUCAUCUUGAUAAAAUCAGUUGUUGGCCUGAACACAGCAUUCUCAGGAAACUAUUUCGUGGUGCCAAGCGUACUGGAUAGCUACCAGACUGCUCUUCGUGACCCAGUAUUCUACCAACUGCAAAAGCGUUUGUCUUAUUUGUUCAUCCUCUUCAAGUUGCGUCUGCCAAGCUACACUCGCGAAGAACUUUACUUCCCUGGAGUCAAGAUCGACAACGUCGUUGUAGACAAGCUUGUAACAUACUUUGAUGAUUACUUAAUGGAUAUGACUAAUGCUGUUAUCCUUAACAACGAUGAAUUUAAGAAGUCCAAAUCAGACAUGACUUUCUUGGUCCGCAAACGUCGUCUUAACCACCAACCUUUCAAAGUUAGCUUUGACAUAAUGUCUGACAAAACCGUCGAUUGUAUUGUUCGAGUAUUCUUGGGACCCAAGGAAGACCAUCUUGGUCGUCUCAUCGACUUAAACCUCAACCGAGUCAACUUCGUUGAACUCGAUACAUUCUACUACAAACUAAACAACGGAAGGAACACAAUCAUCAGGAAUUCACAAGACAUGCACAACUUUGUAAGAGAUCGUAUGAUGACAAGAGAUUUAUGGACCAAACUUACCACAGUCUCUGAUGUCAAAGACUUGUACAAAGAUCUCGUUAACUACCACACAGGAUUCCCUACAAGGCUGUUGCUUCCUAAGGGUCGUGUUGGUGGAAUGAACAUGCUCUUGUACGUAAUUGUCACCCCUCUUAGAGUAGUUGACAAUGUCGAUGUAUCCAUUUUUGAUGUAAACAGACGUGAUCGUUUUGUAGAACUUAGAUCAACUCUGGUUGACAAGAUGCCGUUAGGUUUCCCCUUCGAUCGUACAAUUGAUGAAGCCAAGUUCUUUACACCAAACAUGAAGUUUGUUGAUGUGACAGUCUUCCACAAGGCUCAAGUUUGCGACAUGAAAAUGCGAUGGGACAGCUAUGUCCUUAAAAAUUAUGAUUUAACAUCUAGGACACAGACCAUUGAUAAUUACAACUUAAGAGAUGUAGACAUCAACACCACUGUUUAAAUGAAAAUAUCGAAAAAUGAUCAUAAUGUUAUAUGGCUGACAGAUUAUAAGUUGUAGCUUAGAAAUAAAAAAUGCUAUCAAA